GAGACUUCCGGCGUCCACUCUCGGUGUCGUUUUAGUUGCUCUCGGUUUCACGGGUUCAGGGCUUCUCAGGUGCUUGGUUGGCGCAGAGGUGACGGAGUGGGAGGGCGCGGAGGGAGUCGCUGUCCUCAUCGCUGAGGCGGCUGCGAGGCGCCCUCGCCCCCGUCCGGUCGCCCGCCGCGUCCCGCCCCGCUCUUCCCACUGGUCGGAGGCCGAAGCCGCGCCGGUGAAGCCGGCGCAGGGUCCCAUGGCGGUGGCAGAAAUGCUUAUGGACCCCGUGCAGGUGAGUGGAGGGUGUCGCACCUUUCAGCCAUCCCGAUUGUCACCCAGGUAGUUUUGGCAUGCUGUGUAUAUGCCCCCAGGGGGUGGCAGUGCCCUGUCACAGGAGCCUUCUCCUGUCCUCGCUCUCUUGAGCCUGAGGACCAUGUGCUUCCCUCAGGCCCGGGAUCCUACAUUUGGUAUUAGAUUGUAUGUGGAGGGGUUCCCGUUUCUAACAAGUGAUGUGGUAAGACGUGGCAGGGGAUCCUGGCUGCAGGAUUCAGAAUGUUCACAUGCCUGUAGGUGCGACUUAGCUGGGAUGUUGGGGAAACUACAGGUCUCUCAUACCUGGUAAGAAUGGGAAGCCAGGUUGGGGGUAGGUAGGGGUGCACGGGUACCAGACCUUCAGUGACAGCUGGGCUUUGGGGUCUCCAAUCUGAGGUUGGUGGGAAGCAGGGAAGGUUUGAAACAGAAGAGGAGGGUGGUGUGACCCCAAUUUUAACAGGCUCCCUUUGCGGAGUGGAAAACACAGGGGGGAGGGGGUGUGGGUGCAGGUAGGGAGGCCCGGGCGACAGUGUGGGUGAGUGUUGUGGCUACAUGGGAGCGGUGGCUGUGGAAGUAGAGGAGUCGCUGGUUUCUGGGUGUAUUUUGAAUCACGGCCGCUCAUAUUUUGUGACGGAGAGACUCGGGGAGAUGAGGAGGUGGGAUAGAGGGAAGGGUUGGGGUGCCCCGGGUUUUGGGCCUUGUUUGCAAGGAUGGGUGCUUCAACUAAAAUGGAGGAAGUCAGCUGUAUGGGGACUUUCCAGGUGGAAUGUGAAGACUCCAUUUUUCUCUAGUCUCAGAUAUUCCAGGGGCCCCAAGGGGAGGGGUCACGUGGGCACUUUGACACGGAGGUCUGGAGCUCCGGGGGUAGAUUCAGGUUGGAGGCAGCCGCAGUGUGGGGGCUGGGUGUGGGCUCGGAGGAGCUGUGGACCAGCUCCGGGAGGUUGCAUCGGUAGGUCGUGGGGGCGAUGCCAUUAGGGGAGCAGGGAUGGGACAAAGGGUGUGGCCUGAGUACGGGGUUCCUUGAUUGGGCACCUGGGUGGGGUUCCAGGCCCCCUAAAGCUGAGGAAUCCGAGUGUCUGUGUGUGAGUGUGUGUGAGAGACAGAACAGAGAGGGAGAGAUGGUGGGGUGGGAGCGAGAAAGUCUUCUGAGACCGGCGUGCACAUGAGCUAGAUGUUAAGGGGGCGGUGGAUCAGCUUGAAGAGCUGCCAGACCUAACGUGGGUGGGUGUGUGGGUGCGACAUGAGUGUCCCUGGCCUUCAAAGGAGACGGGGAGGUUCUGACUGCUUACGGGACAGUUGGUUACGGGGCGGUGGGUGGAAUAGAGAAGGUGCAGGGGCUGAAGGUAUGUGAGGUCCUCACGUGGGCAGGGUGGCUGAGGAUGAAGCAAGAAGCAGGGCCUGGCAGGGGGACCUUUAAAGCAAGGCUGGAGGCUGGCCUGGCGCUGGGGGACCUGGGGACUCCCUGUGUUCAGGGGCAGAACUGGGCCUGAAUUGGAUCCUGGAUGCAUCUCCAUGCACUGCCUGGGUUCCAUGUGCAGAAUGGCCUCUGGGGAAGUGAAGGAAAUGCCAGCGUGGGCCCGGGGUGUCUGGGGGGUGUCUGUGGAGGGGUCAGCGUCGGGAGGGAGAGGAGUCCCAGGAGCGAUAUGCAGGUGAAGAGGAGUGUGGAUAGCUCCAGGUGCUUAAGGGAAAGGGACGAGUCCGAGUUCACUGGGGAGUCGGACCCGGGGAACCCCAGGGAAACUGGCCAGCGGGAGAUGGGGAGAGGCCCACAUCGCUGAGCCCACAGGCUACGUGGGGUCUUCCUCCCUUCAUGCCGUGCUCUGAACACAGCGAUCAGUGGUGACGAGAGCAGGCGCCAGUGCCGCCAGCAGUUGGUGAGUCUUCGACGUUGGGAAGUCGGGGAGGAGGGUGAGCGGGGAUGGCUGUGUGCGGGGAGGACCGAAGGUCCAGGGGAGAGAAGUGUAUCAGGAAUGGCACUCACAGGAUUUCAGUUCACGGAAGCGGGCGAGCGAUGACGUGGAGACCGAUGACGCUGAAAGGUUUUUUAUUCUAUUUGUCGAGGAGGCUGUAACACAGGGCCACACGGGAGCAUCAGAUUUGGUUAGGAGGCAUAACCACCAGCAAAGGGAAUCAUUUUAGCAGAGUUUAUUUGACUUUGUGGGAGAAAUGCAGGAAGGGUAGGGCGAACAGCUUAGGGAUGGCUAUUCUUUUUUUUAAAUUUUCUUUUUUUUUUUCAACGUUUUUUUUUUGUUGUUGUUGUUGUUGUUGUUGUUUUUUGUUUUUUUAUUUUUGGGACAGAGAGAGACAGAGCAUGAACGGGGGAGGGUCAGAGAGAGAGGGAGACACAGAAUCGGAAACAGGCUCCAGGCUCUGAGCCAUCAGCCCAGAGCCUGACGCGGGGCUCGAACUCACGGACCGCGAGAUCGUGACCUGGCUGAAGUCGGACGCUUAACUGACUGCGCCACCCAGGCGCCCCAGGGAUGGCUAUUCUGUAUAAUUUUAGUGUAUCUGGGGUAGAAGAGAUGGCCCUGGUUGUCUGGUACCUGGCCCUGGUUGAUUUAGGGCGGGGGGCGGGGGUGGUGUUGACUUGUGUGAGUCAGUGAAGGAGGUGGCUCAGAGUGUGGGCUCUGGGUAUCAGAGGAGAUGCAAACAGAUUUGACCGUCAGUUUAGCCCUGUAGUUAGUGGAUGGCCAAUAGAUAAAUGCAGAAUUCUCAGGACACAGUCAACAUAAGAAGCUGUUCAUGAGCCAAACCGAUCCACUUCUGGCAGAGCCGCGUGGUCUUUGAGGACGUGGCCAUACACUUCUCCCAGGAAGAGUGGGGCCUCCUUGAUGGAGCUCAGAGACUCCUGUACCGUGCUGUGAUGAUGGAGAACUUGGCGCUUCUGUCCUCCCUAGGUUGUUGGCAUGGAGCACAGGACGAGGAGGCAUCACCGGUCAGGACUCCAAAGCCAGACUCUUCCGUCCAGGAGGCCCAGUGUGAGAAAGACAUGUUGCCCUCGGCUGAGCAGGAUGGAAUGUACCCUGACCAGGAACUAUAUAUUUGUGGGGCAAACCAAAAGGAAUGGAUUGAAGACCAGUUUUCUAGAAGGGAGGAGGGGAGGCCUUCCUCUGCAACGAACGACAGUGUUCACGUGGCAGAGAGUAGCUGCACGUGCUGCAAAGACGGAAAGGACUUUCCGGCCGGCACAGGCCUGCCCCAGCACCUGACCCCUCGCAGUGCAUUGAAACCACACAGGGACCCCGAGUGCGGGGAGGCCUUUGAAAGCGGACAGAGUGAUUACAAGCGCAUUCAGUGUGGGAAGGCCUUCAGGCAAAAACAGGUACUUGUUGAGCACCAGAAAAUCCACACUGGAGUAAGACCUUACGAGUGCAGCAAAUGUGGGAUGGCCUUCACUAGAAAGUUCCACCUUGUUCAGCACCAGAAAAUCCACACUGGAGAAAGGCCUUUUAAGUGCAGUGAAUGUGGGAAAUUCUUUCGGUACAACUCCACACUCGUUAGUCACCAGAGAGUUCACACUGGAUUAAGCCCUUAUGAAUGUAGCAAAUGUGGGGAAUUCUUUAAGUACAAUGCCAACUUCAUGAAACAUCAGAAACUUCACAAUGGAGAAAGGCCUUAUGAAUGUAGAGAAUGUGGGAAAUUCUUUAGGUACAACUAUAGACUCAUACGACACGAGAGGGUUCAUACUGGAGAAAGGCCUUAUGAAUGCAGCGAAUGUGGGAAAUUUUUCAGGUACAGCUCCACGUUCAUUAGGCAUCAGAGAGUUCACACUGCAGAAAAGCCUUAUGAGUGCAAUGAAUGUGGCAAGUUCUUUAGGUACAAUUCCACACUCAUCAAACAUCAGAGGGUUCACACUGGAGAAAGGCCUUAUGAGUGCAGGGAAUGUGGGAAAUUCUUUAGGUACACCUCUACGCUCAUUAGACAUCAAAGAGUUCACACUGGAGAAAGGCCUUAUGAGUGCAGCUUGUGUGGGGAAUUCUUUAGGUACAAGUCCAAACUCAUGAAACAUUGGCAAAAUCACACUGGAGAAAGGCCUUAUGAGUGCAGCGAGUGUGGGAAAUCCUUUAGGUACCACUGCAGACUCAUUAGACAUAAGAGGGUUCACACUGGAGAAAGGCCUUAUGAGUGCAGCGUGUGUGGGAAGUUCUUUCGGUACAACUCCAACCUUAUUAAACACUGGAGAAAUCACACUGGAGAGAGGCCUUAUGAGUGCAGCGAAUGCGGGAAAGCCUUUAGCCACAAGCAUAUACUUGUUGAGCAUCAGAAAAUCCACACUGGAGAAAGGCCGUAUGAGUGUGGCAAAUGUCAGAAGGCCUUCAUUAGAAAGUCCCACCUCGUUCAUCACCAGAAAAUCCACAAUGAAGACAGAUCUAUGAGCACCAUAAAUGUGGAGAAGGCUUUAGAUACAACUCCAACCCACUAGCGGAGAAUUACACUCGUAAAGCAACUUAUAAAUGUAAAUGCAGAGAAUAUGGUGAAUCUUUUAGGUACCACUUUAAACUUGUUACCCUGGAGAAGCACCUUA